AUGCCACGCACAGUCUUGCCCUUGGCAACAUUCCUGCUCUUGGUGAUUGCAGCGCAUCUGGCAGUCGCCCAACAGUACGUGGGAUCAUCAUACACCAACUCGAUGCCUCAUGUCUCUGGAAGUGAGAUUACUUUUUGGAACAUAGCCGACGCCCAAGGCAAUUCAACGUCUCUAUUGAAUUAUCAGAGCUUGGGCGCCAAUGGUAGUCGUCUGUCACCGUCUCAGAUCAGGAAGGCCGUGAUCUCUCUUCAUGGUCUUCAGCAGGAUCCCGACACUAUCAUGACUGGCAUGCUUGCGGCCUUGAAAAAGGCUCACCUGACCGACAGUUCUGUCAGUCAGGACACAAUAUCAAUGGUGGUACCCCUCUUUGCGAACACCGACCAGGCGAAUCAAGCAUAUCCAUUUGUGAAGGGUGCAGUUCCCGCAGCGGCUGGCUCGACUUCUCAAGCUUUGGUUUGGACGAGCGUAAAUUGGGCCGGAGGCUUCAACAAUGUUUAUCCGUACCAGCAGACCACAGUGUCUUCCUUUGCGGUCCUCGACCAGAUGCUUCAGUAUUUCGAUAACAAGACGCUGUUCCCUUCACUCAAUGAAAUCGUGGUGGCUGGACAUUCUGCCGGAGGUCAAGCCAUCAACCGAUACGCUGCCAUCGGUAAGGACUUGGACCUCACGACCCCAGUUCGCUACUGGAUCGCAAAUGCCGGCAACUGGCUGUGGUUCGAUUCGUCCCGGCCAGUGUACCGCAACCCUGGUUCCAUUUGCAGCACUUAUGAUGCUUGGCGUGCUGGUCUCGGUAGCAACCUCGUUGCCUAUAAUAAGGCCUUGACCAGCCAAGGCACCGCUGCUGUUCUGGACAAGUGGCAUUCGAGGUCCAAAAUCUAUGCUCGCGGUUUGCAAGACAACGGCGACGCAUCUGCAGACUGUUCCCCGUUCGCCUCCGGUCAGAACCGAAGGGAGCGCUUCUUUGCUCAGCUCGAGACUUAUCCUCCUACCAGUGAUGACAACGUGGACUAUGCCAAUGUGGGACACGAUGCUUCUGCCUUCUUCCUCAGCUCGGGUGCGCAGGCCAGAUUCUUCUUUGACAACUUCGACGGAGAUGGAUCAAGAUCCCCUGACUUUGGCGAUCGUCAGCAAAUCGGAGACAGCCCAGACCCCAAUCCAGACAAUGCGCCCCCUGCGCCCGUUGCAGGUCCCGGCUGGAAUGGGACCUCCUAUCAGGGGUGUUGGGUAGACUAUUCGCCCACCGCGACGCACAUCCUGCCCGUGGUCGCUAACCGUCUGGUCCGCCGAAGAUCUGAGUCCGGUGCUAUUGCGUGCGAGCACGACUUCAUCUUCCACAUCGACGGCGAAGUCGAGCUCCACUUCAGCAGGCGGAAACGCCACCGCGACCGAUCCUACGGACACGUCCUCUACGAUCACAGUUGCUACUUCCGCCACAUCAAAGAAAAGCACCAAGGCCACCACGGCAACGAAGAGUACCAAGUCCACCUCGACGGCGAAGUCGACUUCGACAAAGACUGCCCCGUCUACCACGGCCGCGCGGACGAAAUUCUCUUCAACAAAGGGUGUUACCACCUCCACGAAGGUCUCCUCGACUUCCAAGCAGAACACAUCGUCCACAAAGGCGGCUACCUCGUCCACGUCUACGAAGAAAGCCUCUUCGUCCACCACGAAGGCCAUUUCAUCUUCAACAAAACCGACUUCGACAGCGAAGGUCACUUCGUCCACGGCGAAACCUUCGACCAAGAUCACCUCUUCCACCGCCAAGAUAUCUUCGAGUGCGAAAUCGGUGACUUCGAGCACCAAAAGGGCGACUUCCACCUCGAGUACAAAGAGGACAACGACGUCGUCGACUCGUCGACUCACUACCUCUUCCACAAGAAAGACUACUUCUUCGAAGAAGAAGACAACGUCUACGUCCACCAAGAAGCGCACGACGUCGACUUCUACACAUAA